UACUAUAACUUAGGUUUAGCAUGGUGGUACUAUUUAUACGAAAUAUAUGAUAUAGUGAUGUUGAGAUUGCUAACUAGAUUACUAGAAACUAUUGGCCAUAGUGUCUUGUGUCAACUUGAUCAGUAGUCGUUUCAAAAAAACCAAAAAUUCUAGUAAGGGCACCACGCAAAAUUAAUUCUUCAUGUGUUGUUGAUUGUUUUCUUAAAACCACCCAAGCGAUCUUUUGUAUUUGCUCUACCUAAAAUCAGAUUCAUUCUAAACAACCAAUUAAUUGAAUUUGCCUCCCCUAUUUCCAAUCUUUGCCCACAAAUUUAUAUAGCCAAAAUUAUUCUUGAAUCUAUGAGUGAGUAGACAAGCUAUAAGAUAAUGUUAUAUAAUGUAUAUAUGUAUCUAUAACCUAGAAAGUCAUAGGUAAUGAGUUGAACUAAUAUUAAUAAACCAUAAAAAAGUGGCAUAUACACUUGCACGUCAAAGUUAUAGUAGUGUCUUACCACACCUAAUAUUUGAAAAUGAAAUUGUUUCCAAUCACAUCUACCUUCUAAAACGUGUUAAACAAACCCUUCUUUUCCUCUCCCUUUCCCUUAGGAGAAGCCUUAAACUAUACUCAGCCUUUUAUCUAUCCUUCCUAUUCCUAAUCUUAGUUUUUUCUUCCCUCUUUUUUCUCAUCAAUGGUCUCCUAAUUAUGGCCAUUCGAUUUCGAAAACUCUUACAUUAUCUAACUUAUACUACAAAUGUCACAACUACUAUUCCUUGCACUGAUUUAUGUGAUCCUACAUGUGGUGAUUUUGAUGAAUGUUACUCCUUCCCAACCGGACCCGACUCGUUCCCUCCUCUUCCACCACCACUACCCUCUACGACUACGAUUGUGGCAACCCCAUCGUCGAACACCCAUGAUGAUUUCCACUUAUCACCCCUUGUGAUUAUAAUCAUUAUUAUUUUAGCCGGUGCCUUUCUAUUGGUUUCUUACUAUGCUAUUGUUAUAAAAUAUUGUACCUUCUGGACUCGCUUAGUGUCCAGAAGGGGUAACAAUAGACAUGUACCAAAUGAGUCUAAUCAAUUCCGUGACCCUCAUCAUGUACCCGAGGAUCGAGCCAUCGACGUCACAACCGGUCAAUUUAACCCAAUGGUAGAUCACCCUAUAUGGUUAAUCUCAACUGUUGGAUUGCACCAAUCAGUGAUCAACUCGAUAACCGUGAUUCGGUACAAGAAAGAGGAUGGCUUAAUCGAUGGUACAGAUUGUUCAGUUUGUCUAAGUGAGUUUCAAGAAGGUGAAACUCUUAGACUUUUACCAAAAUGUGAACAUGCAUUUCAUAUUGAUUGUAUUGAUACUUGGCUUAGGUCACAUACCAACUGUCCUAUGUGCCGGGCAAGUAUAGUAGCCAACCCCGAUAGGCCGGGUUCGGCUUCAAACGAGCCUGGUUUCGGGACCUCGAGGCGUAUCGAGAUCCCACAAAUGGCUGAUACAGAAUCUAGUGAUGGAGAGUUAGUGAUCACCCAAAAUGGGAACAAUGAAGUUAGUUUGGUGGUAGAAAACAGAGGAGAAACAGGGGAUUUUGAAGUUGAGAUUGAAAUUGAUCAAAGUAAAGCUGAAAGUGAUAUUCAUCCUAUAGCAUUAGUUGUAAGGAGAUCAUACUCUAUGGAUUAUAGACAUGUGAGUACUCCAUAUACGCAACAAAACUCGAACUCGAACUCGAACUCGUAUGCAUUGGUGGGUGGUUCUUCAUCAAGGCCACUUCCUUCAAGGGUUAAUAGAGUAAUGAAGAGAUCAUAUUCAUGGAGUGAAAGAUUUUUUUGGCCAGCACGUAAUCAGAAUCAUUGCAAUUCAAAUAUUUCACCGUAAGAGUUUAAUUUUCUUGUUAGAAUGAUCAAUUUUUUAUGGCUUAGUAAAUGUUUUAUUUCCCUUUUUUCCCCCGAAAAAAUUUUAAAGGUGGGAAAUUGGUAAAUGUACAUGAAAUGUACAUAUUUGUAUAGAAACCAUGUUCAAUUGAGAAUAUAUACACUAAUAUUCGGCUUUUAA